AAACUCCCUCCCGCGUAUGCUUGUCACAGAAAAACCCUCUUUUUGAACUAAAAUGAUUCAUCUGCGGUUAGAUAAUCGGACAGAGAGAAUGUUUGGGAGGAUCAGACCGUCGUCUUCCUCGCCGGAGAGCUUGGAGAGGCCGCCUUCCAAGAUUCUCAAAGAUGAUCCGAUCUCCAUUUACGAAGAUGGAGAAAAACAAGGCAAAAGGUAUGCUAGAACUAUUCGGGCAUGUGUACUGUGAGGCCACACUAAUGAAGCUCAAAUUAGGUUCUCAACGGGAGCUAAGUUCACCCUCUGAGCAGACGGUGCAAAUAGAAGUCGAUUUUGAUUUAAGCUCAUCCUGUGCAGGGGCUACCAGUAAUUCCAACAGUUCUGAAAAUACUGCAAUCUCCCCCUGUGAGGAGGUAAUUGCCAUAGAUACAAAAUGUUCUUCCAGAAGUGGUUCGCCUGAUUCAGUUGAUACUCAUUCCACGGGCAGCAUGAAAGAGCAACAAAGCAGGAGUAAUUCAGUUCUUUACCUCUUUUCUAAAUUUAUGAAUUCUCGAGAGGUUGCAUGUUUAUCCUGUGAGGAUGCCAUGCAAUUACAGGAUGGUUGUUCUUCCAUUGUUUCAACAACUUCAAGUGACCGUCAAUCUCUUGGUCACAUGGAACUGGAGAUGGAUCAGGAAUGUGUCAGCUCUUUACCUUUCUCCCAAAUGUAGGAUCCGAACUGGGUUUCUGAUCCGGAUUAGUAUUAGAAAAAUUAGAUUGUUACUGGGUUAGGUGCUUAAUUUGAGCUUGAUUUGCUGUUCUGCAAAGUAUAUCUUGUUCAAAACCCAUUUUUUCUGUUGUACUCUCAUUCUCAAUGCCCAUGAUGAGGAAUAUAAUCAGUGGAAACGAAUUCAGCUGGUAUUGUUGCAUA